CACGAGUUGGUCAGACGGUCUCUAACCCCCCGGUCAAGAAUAUCAGCAUAAACAUGACUGACUGGAAUUUUAAAGAAAACAUGGAUAUGAAAGGAUCUUUUUAGUUUCCAACAUAAACCAACAGGAGCACAUCAGAGGAAGAGCCAACUGCUGAUCUAAACUUCUUGAUUUUGACCUGAAAAUGGAUUUUACAGCAAAGCAUAGCCUCACACUGCUGAAACAGUUAAGAAAGAUGAGGGAGUCUGAACAUUUGACAGACGUGGUGCUGGUUGCUGAGGGCGUCAGCUUCCCUUGUCACCGGGUGGUUUUGUCUGCUUUCAGCCCGUAUUUCAGAGUCAUGUUCACAUGCGGCCUGCGUGAAUGCAACAACAGAAAUAUUUUCCUGCGCGACACCUCAGCAGACAGUUUGGCUCUGCUCUUAAACUACAUGUAUUGCUCAGAACUUCCUCUCAACAAUGACAACGUCCAAGGCGUCUCUAUCGCAGCCUUUCUUCUGCAGAUGGAUGACGUCUUCACACGGUGCCAGCUGCAUAUGACUGAGAACAUGGAUGCCUCCAAUUGCCUCGGUGUGUAUUACUUUGCGCGAGAUCUUGGUGCAGAGGAGCUAGCUGACCAUGCUGAGCGCUUUCUAAGGCAGAACUUCGAUCAAGUCUGCCAGAACGAGGAAGUGCUGGAGCUAGAGGCCCAUCAGCUUGGAAGGCUCCUUGCCUCAGAUGAUCUCAAUGUUUCAAGGGAGGAGACCAUUCUGGAUGUGGUCCUGCGCUGGGCAAAGCACGGCACCUUAAUGGAUGCAGAGGUGCGUUUGAGGCAUCUUUCAGAGCUCCUCAGAAAGGUCCGCCUGCCUUUGAUAAGCGCCGAUUAUCUGACUGAAACAUUGAAGAGAAACACUGCCCUCUUGGCUGAUGCGGAAUGUCUGGAGAUGUGGAAUCAAGCUUUGGAGGUUGCUGCUAUGCACCCAUCAGCUGCAGCUAGGAAACUUAAACUGCGGUAUGGGAUGGAGACCACAGAUCUGUUGCUCUGCAUAGGCAAUGACGACGGCGGAAUAAGAUCAAGAUAUGGCAACUAUGGGGAUCGCAGCUUUUGCUACGCCCCAUCAACUGGUCGCACUUACUACAUGACUUCACCACGAUACUGUGAAGGACUAGGCUACGUAUGCGCCGGAGUGGUCACUGAAGAGAAUAAAAUAAUAGUGUCAGGAGAGGCCAGUGCCCGCAGAUUGUCCCGCCAGAAGGACAUGAACAUCGACAUCUACGGGUACAGAGUUGAGGCCCAGGGGACCUGGGAGCACCUGACUUCAGCUGAGUACCGGGACUCUUAUGCUCUUGGAUCCUUGGGUGACACGCUGUACCUUCUGGGUGGACUCAUGAGGCUGAAAAACCAGUUUCUUAUCACUAACUGCGUGGACCGAUGGUCUUUGCAAGGAGGACCCUGGCGAAGCGCCGCCCCCCUGCCACUGCCUCUGGCGUACCACAGCGUCGUCAGAUUAAACAACUGUCUGUACGUGAUCGGUGGCCGAACCCCUCAGUCGUACCGCUUGGACGAAGAGCCAGAUCGUCUCAGUAACCGCAUCCUGCAGUAUAACCCAGAGACAAACACAUGGACAGAGAAUUGCCCAAUGAAGUACUCCAAGUACCGCUGCAGUACUGUUGUCCUCCAUGGUGAAAUAUUUGUUUUGGGAGGCAUUGGCUGUGAGGGAGUAGACAGAGGGCAGUCGCGUCACUGCCUGGAUGCCGUGGAGAUCUACAAUCCAGAACAAGACUGCUGGAGAGAAGGACCUUCUCUUCCCUGCGCCCAGCUUUCACUGCGUACUAACGCCUCCAGUGCAGGUGUAGUCGGCGGAAAGAUAUACGUGUGUGGAUACUACAAAGGAGCAGAUCGCCAUGAUGACAUAACCAAAGACAUUCUGGAGCUGGACCCAAAAGAAAAGAGGUGGACCGUGGUGGGACGCCGGGUUCUCAUGCAUGACAACUAUGACGUCUGCUUGGUAGCAAAUCUCAAUCCGAGAGGACUGAUGUCCCCUCCUGCAGAUCUCAUCGACCAGUGAAAGCCAUGGUGCUAAAAUUAGAAGUCACUGGAAAUGAAUAACUGAAGCACUUUUAUCCACACUGAAAGCACAAUGUCUCUUUGUCUCUUAGCUGUCUACAGCGGUGGGUACAUGAGGUAUCAUGAAAUAGUAUUGCAGGGUUGAUGAAACAGUGUCCCAAUUUUCAGAGGCCACUAGAUGGCGCUCUUGGUUUAGAAAUUAUUUCCAUUGGUUUCAUUGAGUUGGAUGUUGAAAAUCCCAAAAUUUUACAGCAGGUGUUGCCAUAUGGUGGCCUCUGAUAGUCAGGACACCGCUUCAUGAAAUGGCAUCUACCCAUCACUAGCUGUCAAUCUAAAUGCAACGCAGAGUCACUACUCACUUUGGUAGCAAGCUUUACAUUCAGGCAUGACUUAAUCGAAUCCCUCGCAACCUGACGGAUACGGCAGAUGCAGGAAACAGCUUUUAACUUUUAAUUUAAAAAAAAGUUAUGUUUUUUUUCUCACCAUAUCCAGGUUGCCCACUUCGCGAACUUUUCUAAUAAAUGUUA